AUGGCGCUGGACGGAUCCAGCAGUUAUGUUGCUCCCAACAAUCUGACCGAGCCCGCGGACUCCUUGCCCAUCUUCGAUGUGCAACGAGUGCAGCUCCAAUUCCCCAUCGCAGCCGACUUUGUGGCGGCGCAGGUCGCCAACAAUGUGUUGAUUCUUGCCCUUUCGACCAACCGAGUUCUUCGGAUCGAUCUUGAUUCGCCAGAAGACAUCGAUGACAUCGACUUGCCCAAGAAGUCCUCAGAGAUCGGGCUGAUCCGCCGCAUGUUUCUUGAUCCUUCUGCUUCGCAUCUUAUUAUCAGUACUACCCUCGGCGAAAACUACUACCUCCAUACCCAGUCCCGGCAACCCAAGUCCCUAUCCCGCUUAAAGGGCGUCUCCAUCGAGAGCAUUGCCUGGAACCCUUCGUUGCCAACUGCAUCAACACGCGAGAUCUUGAUAGGUACAACGGAUGGAAGUAUCUACGAAACCUACAUCGAACCAUCGACAGAGUUCUAUCGGCGCGAGGAGAAAUACGUCACUGCCGUUUACAAGGUGCCGGAUGCUUCGUCUGUCAUUGGAAUUAGCGUUGAGGCAGUUUCCUCGAAAGCGGACCAGAGAAGGGUCAUCGUCGCAACUUAUGGGACCUUGGUUCAUUUCCUGGGUCGGGUCGGCUCUCCAAAGCAAGGCAGGGAAGGUGGUGGAUCUAUAUACGCGGAGCUUUUCCAGCGCGACACACCCUUGACCUAUGAAACCCCGCACCCGUCCGGCGCGGCCCCAUCCAAAUUGACGGUCUCAUCAUCUGCAUCCGGCUCAGGAGGAUACCAAGCUGAUGGAUACACCGAAAAGGAGUUCGCUUGGCUCAGCUCCCAUGGUAUCUACCAUGGGCAACUUGGAUCUGGAUCUCCAUUUGAAAACGCAAAAAUGCUUCCACGUUCCAAGUUCCCAGCUUCUGAGUCUGCCCGAGGUGGGCGAAAAAUGAUUCAGGAUCCAAUCACAGCGAUGGCCCUGUCUCAGUGGCAUGUUUUGGCGCUCGUUGAAGGACGCGUCGUUGCGGUAAAUCGCUUGAAUGAAGAGAUCGUGUACGAGCAAGCAGUCUUGGAGCCUAGACAAAGUUCUCUAGGUCUUCUAACGGACUUGACUCAAAACACAUAUUGGCUUUUCACCAGCCAGGAGAUCUAUGAAGUCGUUGCCAACGAUGAAGACAGAGACGUAUGGAAGGUUCUUCUCCGCGAGCAGAAGUUUGAGGAAGCGCUUCAAUACGCUAGGGGACCUGGGCAACGAGAUGCUGUCUUUACUGCCUCGGGUGAUUUUCUAGCCAAAGAAGGCCGUUUCUUCGAGGCCGCGAAAGUGUGGGGCAAGAGUAGUAAAGGGUUUGAAGAAGUUUGCUUGACAAUGAUCGACAACAAAGAGUAUGAUGCCCUGCGGAAAUACCUUCUAUCGCAGAUUUCCACAUACAAAAAAGCAUCUGUCAUGCAGAGACUUAUGGUCGCAAGUUGGCUGGUGGAACUUUUCAUGUCCAAAUUGAACUCCUUAGACGACAACAUUGCAACCAAGGCAGAGUUGACUGAAGGUGCCACCACGGGAGAGAUCAAGGAUGAACUUGGCACAGUUCGAGUCGAGUUCCAAGAAUUUGUCACAAAACACAAGGCCGACCUGGAUAAGAAAACCGUUUACGGGAUCAUCAGUAGUCAUGGCCGUGAAGAAGAGUUGCUCUUCUUCGCAACCGUUGCUAGUGACUAUAACUACGUUCUAUCUUACUGGAUUCAGCGAGAGAAAUGGCUUGAAGCUUUGAAUGUUCUACAGCGACAAAGUGAACCUGACGUAUUCUACAAGUACAGCAGUGUACUCAUGACUCAUGCGGCUACAGGGCUUAUUGAGAUCCUGAUGCGACAAACAAACCUUGAUCCUGAACGGCUCAUUCCCGCGCUGUUGAACUAUAACAAAACCGCCAGUGUCGCCCUGGCUAAUAACCAGGCUGUGCGGUACUUGAACUUCAUCAUUGUCAACCAUCCGCAUCCCUCCGCGGCUGUUCAUAACACGCUCAUAUCUAUCCACGCCUCCAGCCAGUCCGCUUCAGAAGCUGGUCUGCUCACCUAUCUCCAGUCACAACCGUCCUCGCCACCGCCAUACGAUGCAGACUUUGCUCUCCGACUGUGUAUUCAGCACAAACGAGUGCAGUCAUGCAUCCAUAUUUACAGCGCCAUGGGGCAGUACUUGCAGGCAGUAGAGCUUGCCUUAGAGCAUGACGAUAUCGAACUCGCAGCUAUCGUCGCUGAUCGCCCGGAAGGCAAGGACAAGCUCCGCAAGAAGCUCUGGCUUCUUGUUGCUGAGAAGAAGAUCCGUCAACCCGGAACUGGGAUUAAGGAUGCGAUUGAAUUUCUGCGUCGCUGCGAACUGCUUCGUAUUGAGGAUCUCAUCCCGUUCUUUCCCGAUUUUGUGGUCAUUGACGAUUUCAAAGAUGAGAUUUGCACUGCUCUGGAAGACUACUCGCGUCACAUCGAUGCUCUACGUCAGGAGAUGGAUAACUCGGCCAACACGGCGCGCCAGAUUCGCAAUGAAAUCGCCAAUUUGGAUACUCGCUACGCCAUUGUGGAGCCAGGUGAGAAAUGUUGGAUCUGUUCGCUGCCUUUGUUGAGCCGCCAGUUCUUCGUUUUCCCCUGUCAACAUGCCUUCCACAGUGAUUGCUUGGGUAAAGAAGUGUUGGAGGGCGCGUCAGGCACCAAGAAGUAUAUUCGUGAUCUCCAGGCACAAUUGAGUCAAGGAGAUCUUACUGCUUCUCGACGAGAGGAGAUUGUAAAGAAGCUUGAUGGACUAGUUGCCGAGACUUGUAUUCUUUGCGGUGAUCACGCCAUCAAGCAGAUUGAUAAGCCCUUCAUAGCUGCCUCGGAGACAGACGAAUGGGCUCUUUAA